CUUUGGGCCAGUCAGCAACCCGAGAGCCCCCCAUGAUUUCCAUUGUCUCCAGAAAGUCUUGGGACCUGCUCCAACGAGGGGGGAAAUCUGAAUUGUGAGCGGCCCAGCGCUAGCCCACGACACCUUCCAGGAUGAAGGUCCUGUUCAAUGCACCCAGCACCUGCAAAGCAACCUCGGGGGCUGCCCAACUGGAAAGCGCCCGUCGUGCAGAGUGCAGAUACACGGGUAUCCCACGCCUGUUUUCUUCAAGACGCACGUCCAUGCGCAGGCGGGCAGUAGAGCGACGAACUCCUUUUCUCACUCUAUCAGGACACAGGACACACUGCGAGUGCCCUGUACACGCACCCAGAAAGCACACAAUAUCGAGAACAAGACGAAAUAGGUUCUUAACCCGCAAAUCUGCAAUUCCCAGCUCAGGACAACCAACAAGCCUUUUCUCUAUCUAUUCAAUGGAGAUGACAUCCAGCCAUUCGUUAGCUCACGGCCAAACCCCCAAACUCCUGUCCCGAGAUGCCGCGAACCGGCGCUUGGCUCAUGUCCAACCCCGUCCGCAUCUCCAUCCACGUAUCGCCCGACAUGAAAGAAUCUACCGGAUCCAAAUUUCUCUCGGAACAAAACCAUCAUAAGGAUAAUCCUUGGCUAAUUCUCUCUCUUGUGGACCCUCUCCACCAACCCAUCGUAUCCCAUCCUCAUGGAUGUUGACAGUAUCGAUACCCUCGUCAUUGUCUUUUCUUGGCCGCCUGCCUAACACUGGACUCUGCUCAUCGUCCAGCUUCCCUGUCAUCGAGGCCUGUCGUCUGCCCUACCUUAU